AUGAACUCCUUGUCGGACAUAGCAGCUUCCACCCUGACGGGGGACACGGCAAGAGGGCCCGGCAGCGCUCACGCGAGGAAAGGCGGCGGCAGGAGCAGCAACCACGGCAGCGAGGAGGUGGUGGGCAGAGCUCAGCUGCACCGUAAAGGGGUGCGGCGGCAGUUAGGCUGCUGCCUCUCGUGGCGGGAAAGGGUGGCGGUUACGGCGGUUACCGCUCCAACAACCGUCAGCGCACGCCUGAAGCAGGAAGAGGACCAAGAACCCAGCGCCAAUAAGCAACCUAAUGAAGGAGAAAAAGAGAUGGAUGUCAUCAGCAUAUUAAUAGCAACAACUGCUAUUAAUAGCAAUGACUUCACCCAGCAAUUGCUCAUGGAAGUCAUAAAAGCAUGGGAGAAAAGACAGAACCUGGAAGAAUCUCCUAGGAAAGUCCCAACUGGUAAGAACAGUAGCAACCCAGCAUUGCCUUGUUUGGAAUCCCCUGUGACCUCACUCCAGCAGGAAAAGCCAGACUGGAGGAGAAUGACUGAUCUCACUGAUAGUGUCAUGAUGGCAGAGUCAACCACCUUGUCUUCCUCCAUUGCUGGUGAAGCCAAGCAUUCGGGGCAUGAAGUGGGAGCUGCACAUAUUUUUGAAGAAGAAAUUAUGCUCGUGGGCAUUCCACUAGGGUUUUUGGGAUUACUUGGGAAUGGAAUUGCCAGCUGCCUCUUCUGCUACCAGGCCAAGUUUUCUAGGUUUACUUUAUAUUUCCAGAAUAUUGUCAUUGCGAAUAUUACUGUACUCGUGAACCAUUUUAUAUAUAUGUUUAGAAUUUAUUUACAUUGGGAUAUCAAUAAUUUUUUUUUACAUAUAAUUGAGAUGCUGGAGAUAUUAGGAUACAACACCAGAUUCUAUCUCUUGACAGCUAUCUGUGUUGAAAGGUGUUUCCUCAUCUUUUUCCCAGUUUGGGAUAAACACUACCGACCACAGCAUUUCACAGCUAUGACGAGUGGCAUUUGUUGGGCCUUGUCCUGCUUGUUAACAGUGGUGGAUAAUUUAGCCUGCCUUCCACAUUCCCACUCCGCUAAGGGUGAAUUUGCAGUCAAUUGUAAAAGUAUACGUAUAGUGAGAAUCAUCAUUGACUUACUGAUUUUUCUCCUCAUCAUGAUCUUCUCCACUUUGGCCAUUUUGAUCAGGAUGCAGACCCAACAAUCCUCUCCAGCAAGGCUUGAUAUCACCAUUGUGGUCACAGUUCUUCUGUUUCUUCUAACUGACACACCAAUUAGAAUUAGUACUCUCAGUGCGUUUUGGAUUGAAGCAAUAGAUUAUUUUAUUCUGACUAUCAUGAUUCAUUUAUUUGACACUGUCAAUUGCACGAUUAUCCCUUUCAUAUUUCUGAUUGUUGGACGUUGGAAGAACCCGUCAGAACCCAUCAAGAAAUUUCUCAACAGAGCUUUGCAGGUUGAAGAAAACAUGGCAGAGAAGUCACCAACAGCCCAAGAAUAG